GCUAUUAUUUAUUAUCAGAAGAAACAUUACAUACAUGACCAUUCCACACAUAAUUGUGAAUCAGUAGUUUCGUAAACAUGACUGUCAAAUCUUGUGCACAUGACCUGCUGUUACUGUUAUUUUUUCGAUUAGGCACCCCGCUAGUUUGCUUGCCAUGAUCUAAGCUGCUUCCAUUAUUGGUUAACAUUUAUUAUGAAAUACUCUUGGCCAAUGAGAAAUCCUUAACUGAAGAUGUACCGAAUCACAGGCUGACCAAAAUGAAAUGACUCCCUAUUAGGCAACCAAUGAACAGGUGACUUUAGCCUGACUGUGGAAUCUAUCCUGGAGGUCACUGAAAACGUGACUUUUUCCAGUCCUUGCCUAUAACAACACAGUUUCAGUGUAUAAUGGUUUUCAAUCUUGGCUCUCUCUCUCCAAAUAAUAACGCAAAAUUCUCAUUUCAUCUGUCAUGUAUUAAGGGACACAGGUGCUACAACCCAAAUGCUGGAUUUGAUAGUACUGCUUUUUCUCUGGCCUCACAACAUAGAGACCUGGAAAAAUUCGCGGAUUCUUUAGCAAUAAAAUAUAAUUCAACUAUCCACAACACUAAGCUGCUUCUGCUAUUGACACAGAGUUUAUUGGUGAAAACGAGAUUUUAUUUUAUUUAUAGUCCAAAUUCUUUUUUAUAACUGAAGAUUUCAGUGUUUUUUAUAAAUACUGUUUUGUAAUUCUUACUUCACCAAAAUAGUGGUAAAGAUUAUAUAUUGCAUUUUUACGAGAAAAAAAUAAUUUGUAAUAAAUUAGUGAUCAUCAGGUAUGGUCUAGGCACUGCACUGUAAGCUCAAACUAAAACCUACCCAUGUCUUGCACGUGAGAGAAUGUCGUGAAUAUGUAUAAGUAAUGAUGUCUGUAGACACUUUAUCACUAUUUGAUUAAUUCAAACACACACUGUUGCAUCAUUCAUUAAAGUUUCAAAAAUAGAGAUUAACUUCCACGGGGUAAAAGUUCCGUAUCAUGUAUCCAAUUUUCAUCCCUACAUCCUAAUGGCAUGAUCCUUUUUAUUGUGAUCCUCUGGUAGGGGAGAGUGGGGCUAGUGUGGACACUUUUCUUUUAUUUAAUAUGGAUCAGGUGACAUAUUUGAUAGUAAAUUCUGAAAAUAUUCCUGUGUGAUCUGUAACCUGUCUACUUUAAUAUAAAAUUAAUGCAUAACACCUAUCCCUAUAUUAAAAAAAUACAUACCAACUAAAAUAUUAAGAGAAAUUUUGUCCACUUUAACCCCUGGUUGGGGUUAGUGUGGACACUCUUAGGGGUCAGUGUGGACACAGCAUAAAUUUUAUUUAAAAUUAUAAAUUGCAGUAGCUACUUAAAUGUUUUAAGUAAUUUUGACAUUUAUAAUAGUAAUACUGAUCAAAAUCGUAAAAAGAAAUCAGCAUUUCAUAGCACAUUAUAGGUAGAUAGAUCAACCUCAAACCACAUAUAUCCAGCUGUACGUUUUGUUCCCGCUGUAACCUUUGGAGUCGGCAAUUUACAAACUAUAUCUUUUCUUUCUAUGGCAGCAAUAUCCUCAACUGCAGGAAAUGUAAAUCUUUCUUGUUUCUUUCUUAAAUACUUUACACAAUACUCAUUAGUAUCAAACAUUUCAGUCACUAGAGCUGCAUAACAAAGUAUCUUGUUUUUUGCUUCAAACUGGACCAAAACAAAAUCAUUAACAGUAAUAAUAUCACUAUCACACAAUUUUGCUGGUUGAGGGAGUUCUGACGAUUCGCUGAAUUCAUCACCUGAAGAAAGUUCAAAAGCUUCGUCGGUCUCAUAGCUCGAAGAAUCUUCACGUACAACUUUCUUAAACAGCUGUCGUUUUAAAUGUUUUGAACUUUGGUUCCCCAUAUCCUCAACUGUUUUGGUUUUCCUUGUUGCCUUCUUGAACACAGCUUUUUCUUCUAGCUUCCUCUUUUCUGGAGUGUCCGUGUAGAUGCAGGAUUUCAUUUGUUCUCGUUUCCUUUUUGUACCAUUUCCUGAUGUGGUGACUUUAGGCAAUGGUCUAACAUCCUCAGGAGUUACUGGUUCUUCCAUUGUUCUCACAGUGUCAUGAAGUGUGGAAGAAGCUGGAGUACUCUGAUUUAUUUGUUGGCUAGUGGAUGGUGUUGGAGACUCUGGAUUUUUAAGUGGUCCACUAGGUUUUGUUGCUGGAUUAGACCUGUCGCAAACAUAAUUACAAAGAAAAUCAUCAUCCGUAAAAACUAACCUGUUAAACGGAUAAAUACCUGGUUUUGCAAAACCAGAAAUUAUGUUCUAUGGUAUGAAGGAGUUAACAAAUGUGGAAGCAGCCAGUGUAGGAAUAUUGUAAAUCGAUAUCUGUUUUCCAGGGUUUGUUCUCAACCAGUCACUGAAAGCAACUUUAAGUGCAGCCUUGAAUGGACCAAAUACAGAGACAUCCAACGGUUGUAGGCGGUGAGAACAAUGUGGUGGAAAAGAAAGUAUAACAAUGCCAUUGUCUCUUGCAUAGUCCACAGCUUCUAUUGUAAUGUGACUUGAAUGGUUGUCAAGAAGUAUGAGAACUGGAUUCUCCUUUGAACACUGUGUGUGCUUUUGGAUGUGCUGUAAAACAGAAGGAAAUAAUUCAGCCGUCAUCCAUCCAGAUUUUGUAGCUAAACCUAAGCUGCCUGCUGGAGCACCAAUCAAAAAGUUUUCUUGAUAUUUCACACGAGGAAAUACGAACACUGGAGGGAUGGUAUUACCAGUUGCUUUGAUAAUGCCACACAUUGUUACUAAUUCUCCUCUCUCUCUUGACACUAUUUGACCAACUUGUUUCUUGCCUGUUGGUGCGAUUACUUUGGGAGAAGGCAAUACAGUUGUAACUCCAGUCUCAUCCAAAUUUAAAAUUCGGUCAGGAUCAAAGUUGUAACGCUCCAAAACAUUACCAUAGUUAUCAUAAAAAGUUUUCACAUUUGUCAUAUUGAAUGACAAAGCCCUAGCUAAACUAGUAUUUUCUGGUCUGCGCUAACUUACAUUGGGAUUUCUUUUCAUGAAACUUAGCAUCCAAUCUGUUCCAGCAGUUCCAUUUGUUACCCAGCUUUCUGGCAUGGGUUUUCCAAGUUUUACACAGUAUUCAAAUGCUAACUUUCUUGCUUGCAUGUAUGUCAGUCCGUAAUGAAUUUCUGAAGCUUUGAUAAAAUAUUCACACAACAUUCUUUCCUCUUCAUCUGUAAAUAUUUGCUGUCCCUUAAAUUUAUUUCUUCCUGAAACUUUUAGACUUAGUUUGAUGAUAUCCUCUUCACUGGAAUUUCCCGAAUCACUAGCACAUGCAUUAUCUGUCUUUUUUUUUCUUGAACUGUUGAAUACGUUUGUGCAGCAUAGAUUUAGAGAGACCAUGAUUUGUAGCUGCUUCCCUGACACUUUUGUUAUACUUUAUAACAUCAAUUAUUGCUAUUUUCACAGCUUCCUCCGAGAUGUUACAUCUUUCACUCUUCCUUUUAUAUGUUCGAACCAUCCUGAAAUGAAAAUAAUUGGGAUCUGUAGUAAAAGUACAAUCUGGGGUUAGAGUGGGCAUGUCCACUGUGGCCCCAUGAAGUCUGUCCACUUUAGCCCCGCAUGCUCACUUUAGACACUUGCAAGGUUAAGUGAAAAAAAAAUAAAACAAACAAAUAUGGCAGUACGAAAAAAUAAAUGUUAAUAAACAUACCUUAUUUUAAUAUUUGAAUCACAUAGUAAUCACAGGUAAGAUGGCGCCGACUCAAAAGUGUUGUUCGUUAGCACCGCCGAAAAACUGUGUUUUAAGAGAUAUUAGGUGUGGGAAAUGUACAAAAGUAGUUAGGAAUGGAAUUUUAUGUGAAAAGUGUGACAAGUGGUAUCAUUUUAAUAAAUGUAGUGAUGUAAAAGAAAACAACAUCCCGGAAAACGAGUGGGAGUGUGCCACGUGUGUAAUACAUGAAGACGACGAAAACAACAUGGCAACCCUUUCGCUGGAAUAUGACACCACGCAACACUUAUGUACUACAGACUCUGAAAAUAAUACUACGAAUAAGCAGGAGGCUCUAAUAAACCAACUUCUGGAUGAAGUUAGUUCACUCCGAGAAAUCAUUAAUGUGCUGCAAUCAGAACUGAAAUCCUUGUCACUCAAACAAAAAGACACUGUAACAACGAGUCUUAAUGCUGGAAGCACAUGGACGCAAGUGGUACAAAAACAGGUGGCACAUGGUCGGACGCCUGCGAGCCGCCCUUGUUCUGUGCCGUGACGUGGCGUGCGGACGCCCCUCUGCCAGCACACCUCCCGGGCGUGCCGGCUCUGAGGUUAGGCGCGGCGCUGGCGCAGCGAGGCCCCGUGCUGCUGCACCUAGCGGGGGCCGGCCUGGCUGAGGAGGACGCACGGAGAGUGCUGCGACACGCCUUGACGCACAACAUCACCAGCGUGCUGCUGCUCCAGGGAGACACAGGGGGGCGACCGCAGCGGGGCAGCUUCCCGCACGCGGUGGACCUGGUGCGGUUCGUGAGGCGGGAGUUCGGCCAGCGCUUCUCCGUGUUCGUCGCGGGACACCCAGGGGGCCACCCCGAGGCCGCCUCCUACCAGGACGACCUGCGGCACUUGCGGGACAAGGUGGAUGCAGGCGCGGAUGGAAUCAUCUCGCAGGUUGUUUUCGAAGCACACAAGUUUGCAGCGUUUGUGCGGGACUGCAGGCACGUUGGCAUAUUCGUGCCCAUUUUGCCCGGAAUCAUGCUUAUAUUGAGCUGCAGGCUCCUGGAGCGAGCGUCGCAGCUCUGCCGGUUCAGCGUCCCGACCGAGGUCGCCGACGCCCUGCGACCCAUCGCCGGGGACGACUCGGCGGUGCAGGAGUACGGCGUGAGCCUGGCUGCACGGCUGGUGCGAGACAUGUUCUCCCUGGGCUGUGCCCCGGGCGUGCACUUCUUCACCAUGAACAGGCCGCAGCUUGCAGCGACGAUAUGGCAGCGUGUGUGCGCCGAGCGUGCUGCAUCCGAGCACGGACCAGGCCAGGCCUCAUCCAGCACAUUCGGCCACUGACGCACAAGGCCACGCCGUGUCGCUUAUUCCAGAAAAUAAAUCUAUGUCCAGUCA